AAGAAGACUGAACAAAACUAUAAAAGAUGAAAGAGUUUGUGUCGAAAGGCAAAAAAACAUGAAGAAGGUAUCGUUCUCCAUUUCUUCCGCGAAGCCCCAAUCGAAGCCCGAACACGUCAGCACCUUGGAUGAGUCCCAAAACGACAGCAGCAGAACCAAACACUUGAUCACCGAAUUCGACCCUUCCAAACUCGCAACCCCUUCCGCCCCCAAAACCCUAAUCCCCCCAAUCCAUAACCAAUGGAAACCCCUCAACCCUCGCAGCCAACGACACACCGAAGAUACCGCCGCCGCGCCGUGGCGCCGCACUCCGGCGGAGACCGAGGUUCUGCGUAAGCUGAAGCUGCAGGACGACCUGCAGAGGCUGCCGGAGCACCAGGGGUUGGAGGAGUUCGAGGAUAUCCCCGUCGCGGGCUUCGGCGCCGCGCUGCUCGCCGGGUACGGCUGGCGCGAAGGGAUGGGUAUUGGGAAGAACGCGAAGGAGGACGUGAAGGUGGCGCAGAUCAAGCGGAGAACCGCCGGGGAAGGAUUAGGGUUUGUUCGCGAUGCUACCGUUCCCACCAACAACGCCAAUUUGAAUCAUUGCAGCUCUGAUUUACGUCAUUUGCAGAUAUAAUUAUCGGAGAUCCCACAAAUGAUCUUAACAUUGCAUACAAAUAAUGGUUAUGUAAGGUUGAAUUAGGUUUAUAAACCACUUUCUUAACAAUAGUAUUGUCUUACUGAUCAGUGAACACCUUAGUGGUGGGUUCUCUAAUACGUUGAAUCCUCCUUUAUCUGAUUCUCUGGUAUUAACUGUUUUAGGUUAUGUGGAAUAGAAUCAGUUUUGAGAUCAGGCCUGUGCUUCUCAAAUUAUGUGUAUAGCUGUUGGCUUUUGUUUUCUCAACUAUAAUUGAAAUUUUAUUUCAUUA